CAACAGAGCAACGAACAGCUGUCUGGCCAACAACACAGAGCAACAUGUCUGGGUGCCCGCUUGUUGGUUCUUUUUAACCCCGAAGUUGUUACAAGCCAGUCUUACAAAGAAAGCAUAAUGAGGCCCGAAAACUUACCUCGAGGUCCCCGUGGCAGGGGACGGGCUCCUACAUAUCGAGGUAGGCGGCCAACUCGAGGCCAUGCUCCUUCUCCGGGGUCGAGCCCUAGCCGUUUUGGGCAGACGACGUUUCCCUCAAGAGGUAGGCCAUCGCCAAGGGCGAAUGCCAGAAUGAUAGGGAUCAAUGAGAGCAAACGAGGGGGCUUUGUCAAGAUCCCAAAAAUGGGAACCCUACGAGCUCAGGCGGAUUCCUCGCGUCAACAUGAUGAGUCACAGAUGAGCAAUGAGUUUCUCGGCAGCCCUCCAACCACUGUUGAUCUUAUUCAGGCUUACAUCAUUCUUCCGGCGAAUGAUCCGAACUACAAAGACAUUCAACAUGUCUUUGACAGUGUUCGCCGACAGCAAUGCGUUUGGGUGGAGGUGCAGAACAAUGGCAUAUUGCUUCUCAGUUCUAGGACAACUAUUGCAUUACAGAAUGGUGUGAAAUCUAUCAACACUAUUCUAUCAACCACUCGCAUGGCUAAAUCGGAGGGAACGGCCCGGUGCCACUGGCUUCAAGAGCAAGUGCUCGACAGCGCCGCCAUUCCUAUUCGAAUUAUUGUUGGGCAACGACUACAUUUGCUAGAAGCGGCUACAAACUUCGUAAGUGAUCGAUACUGUAUCACCCAAAAUAUACAAAAGAUACAGGAUAAGCUUGGCCCAUCCUUUGCUAGCAUUGAAACCUUGAAUGGCCAAGUGGCCCUUUCUACUAGCUAUGGUACUAUGCUUCUCAAAGGGAAGAGUUUCCAAAUACAAUCGGAGCUAGUAUUUGAGACGAUCAAGUUAGCUAUGAAACAUGAUAUGUUGACAUUUGCGGACCAUAUUUCGCCAAUUGACGAGGAAAUUUGUACGCCAUCUGCGUUGGUUAGAUUCGUCACCGACCCAGCUACUACUAUUUGCGAUAACCUAGAUGCUGUUACUUGGUCUCAUCAAGUAUCAUACCGACUCCACGAUGUAUCGUUGACCGCCUCUGCAUAUACUGUUGCAGAUGGCGCUCUCUGUUUUUCCACCGGGCGAUGGGUGUCUGUCGAUGAGACCUGUCACUUCGAUUGGAAAUUUGUUGCUCCAGAGUUAUCUAUUGACUGGGCGCUGCAGCUGUCCUCCCAGCGAAGCCACGACCCCGGACCUCGAGAAGUUGAGUCGCUUUUGCGCAGCUUGCAGUGGACAUCAGAUCAUGAUGGUGGACCACACACCAUUUUUGGCUGCCUUCCAGUUUGCAUUGCUAUCUCCAAGCCUGCUCUACAGACUCUCAAGACUGUGAAUGAAGUUGAGAUGAUAACGAGUUGUGUGAUUCCAAUUGCAGGGACUCGGUUUAUGCUGGAGAUACAGCUUACUCGCAUUUGGAACGGAGUGUUGCUAUCUCAACCUCCAAAAGGAAUUUGGAUGAACGUUAGAGUCUAUGCUGGUCACUGGGAGGAGGCGCUGAAUCAUAUCCCUCCUGGUCAGAGCUGCCGAAAGUUUGAUAACGACCUGAAGGAGGUUUGGCCUGGAUCUGGGACCCUACAUAGUCGAUUGUUUGAGUUUGUGGGCUGCGUGGUUCGUGUACAGAAGAAACUGUCUUGCUUUGUUAAUCAGUGUACAGAGAACAGUGCCAGUUAG